UUGUUCAGACUCGUCAAAUUCCAUGAAGUUGCCAUUGAUUUCGAGCUAUGCAACAUCUACGCUGGUCGCUUAAACAUUCCGGAUCUUUUAGAGUUCGAAGAAUGUUUCCUGAGAGCGGCUUUUGACUAUGCAAGACCCAUGAAACAAUCCAAAAUGGGAGAUGUAAUAGAGCGAAGCUUGACUGAGCGAAUUUUCGGAGUCUAUGCUACUUAUGUACUGUAUUAUGCACAACCCAGUGAUUAUGUCUCAAAGAUUCUUGCAACUCCACGCGAUCUUAUCGAACUGAAACAGUUUGUUACUGAUGUGCUGCUUCCUGGACGUCAUUUAGACACCAUUGGUUGUAUAUAUAAGCUCCUAGCAGACGAUGCAUUUAGUGUUGGCGCCUUCACAAAAUGUUAUGAUCCUGUGUGUCACCGCGGUUAUACCCUACCAUUUUCAUCAGAUGAUGUGGUUGAUGACGAUGAGAGACAUACGCCCUUGGAGGCUGCUAACUAUGUUAUGGACCAUCCGGUUUUGAAGACUAUGGUUCAUGUGCAAAAGGAAAUGCAGCUCAAACAAAAUCAGAUUUCCACCCGUCCUGUUGUAGCCGAAGUUGAAGACAAUUUCUUGGAUCGGAUAAAUAAGUACUUCCACUACGCUGAAAACUCAAGAGCCCUUUUCCAGCUUUCUUUUUUCAGGUUAUAUACAACACUGAAGCGUGAAAUCAAUAAAGUUGGAGUAGUAUGCGAUCCCGAAGAACCUGACCCGAAUGCAUCAGCUGAUGAAAAUGGCGUUAACGAAACAAGUACAAACGAGGAGCCAACGGAAGGUCCAAGUCGAUCGUCGAUAAAAGACAAGGCUUACGCUUCGACUAUACAGUACGCAAGGAAUCGACGGUAUGCGGAUCCGAAAAUGUUUGAAAACUUCCCUGAUGCUGCAAAUGAUGGCGAAGGAGCCGUGGAAGGACAGACAGCAUCGAGUGAUCAACCGACUACAGACGUGGCGUCACCUCCGAAGAAGAAGAAGAAGCCCAAACCGAAGCCGCAAACAACUGAACCUCCUUCCGCAGGUGAUGGUGCUGGUGACGUUUUUGCUCCCAACCCUGCGACGCAAGAAGAGGAUGUCCCAUCAUCCAAACGUCGCCAAAAAAUGAAAGCUCCAAAACGUAGUAAAGUUGCACCAAAAGCUCAACUAGAAGCUGAACCAAAAAAGGAGACGAAGCCCAAAGUCGUCGAGCAAAUUGCUCAAGAAACAGUCAGAUAG